AUGAGUGACCAUCAAUAUGGGCCGAUUAGGACAAGGGAAGGACACGCGGGAGGGGAAUAUUAUCUUGAGCGGGAAGGAGCGUUAGUCGCGUUGGCGUGCAUUUUGCAUGAGCCGGCGCCGGCGUGCGAGCGAGAGGGCUGCGAGAGGGACGCUCUGGAUCUACAUUUAAAGCGCAUUGUAAGCAAACGCAUUAUUAAUGUAUCUGUUUUAGUUGUUGGGGAGUACCGGAGUACCGGCGCGCCCGGCUGCCAAGAGCGGCCCGAGUUAUUCAUGCUUCAUGCAUACACCAUUCAUAUU